AUGGAUGCUCUGCUGAAGCUCCCUUCCCGAGCUUUUUUCCUUCCGCUCCUCCUCCUCUCCCUUUCACCAAUCCUGUCUGCUCCGAGUACUGCCUCCUCCGCCGUCAUCGGCGUCACAUACAGGUCACCUCUCCCCUCGCCACCGUCCUCAACCGGCGGGAACUCUUCGCUCCCGACUCCUCCGCUGCAGCCAGAGGCCAUCGCGUACGCCGCAUCCGCUCUCGGAUUCGGCGCGGUCCGACUCCCGUUCCCGGAUCCGGACCUCAUCAGAGCCUUGGCCUUCACCAACGCGUCCCUCUUCCUCUCAAUUCCAAACAGCCUCCUCCCUUCGCUAGCUUCCAAUCGCAGCCUCGGCGUCCACUGGAUCCGCGUGCACGUCCUCCCUUUCUAUCCUCGAUCAAGGAUUUCCAUCAUCUCCGUCGGCGAUGCUGCCUCCCAGUUGGAGCUACUGCUGCCGGCCAUCCGCAACGUGCACUUGGCGCUGCAAGAUUUAGGGAUCAAAGAUAUCCCGGUCUCAACAACUUUCUCCUUUCUCGAAGUCGUUACCAGGCCAGUCCCGCCGUCUCUUGCCGCUUUCCGAGAGCCGAUGGGCGAGCAAUUGAUUUCCAGAUGCCUCGGCACUUCGCUCUGUUCCAGGGAGGAGGAGGAGGAGGAGAAAGUUUCGAUUACAAUUACGGCGCGGAAUUGGAAUACCACUGUUUGUUCGAGAUGA